AUGGAACUCCACUACCAAUCAAGCAGUCAGAUGGACGACGAAAUCUACGUUGUCACCCAGCAACUUCAGGAGUUACAAGAGUAUCUUGACUCUCAAAAAGGGAAAGGUCGGGCCGAUGACGACGAAGACUAUCUACAAGCAUAUCGCCAAGAGUUGAGAGCACACCUAAGGUCACUGGAGGACAACAAGCUCGCCUGGAGCAUUGCUGUGGCAGUACGUUCCGACAGUCGUGUUAUUGCUGCUAUUACACGGGAAGAAGCUCAGGCAAGCGAUGAUCGACGUCUGGCAAUCAGAAUAAAUGAAAGAAACGAUGACUCGGACACUUCCACAACCGAUUGUGCUGUGGAGCAGCCUCAAGCGGCCACAGAGCCCCAGUCCAGUGACGAUGAGUGCAUCGCGGGCCCCUCGAUGACAUACAGAGAAAGACAGGCCUUGGAAUUGGAGAAGUCUGCCGCCACGGAAACUCGGUGCUGCGUGUGCUAUGAGAGUUUCUUCGCUCAUAAGAUGAAGCAAUUGGACUGCAACCAUAAUUACUGUGACGAUUGUCUCAAAGAUCUCUUUCUAAGAGCGACAAAGGACUCAACUCUCUUUCCUCCACGAUGCUGCCGUAUGCCGAUUCAUCUAGAAGCUGUCCAGGAGCAUAUGUCACAGACUGAGGUGUCUGAUUUCAAGAGCGCGGAAAUUGAGUUCUCCACCACUGACCGCACUUAUUGCAGCAAUACCAGCUGCGGCAAGUUCAUACUACCGCAAAACAUCACAGCCGGCCGUGCUGAGUGCCCCCACUGCAACCUGAAUACCUGUGCCAUGUGCAAAAAGGCUUUUCACAUCGACGAUUGUGUGAAGGAUACUGAUCUGCAAGCUACACUGGCGCUAGCCAGUGCCCAAGGAUGGCAACGGUGCUUCCGUUGCAGGGCUCUCGUCGACCUGGGGUUCGGCUGUGCAAAUGUCGCGCUGAGUUUUGCUACCUCUGCGGUCUUCAAUGGAAGACAUGCGAAUGCGUUACUUGGGACGAGGGAAGACUACUCGCCAGAGCGGCAGAAGUUGUAG